ACUGCAUGCGGAAGUGGCAUGUAGUUGGUGUUUUUCCUAUCAUUUCUCCGACGUUGUGUGGUUCUCUGUAAAUCAAUACAAGAAGUUUGUUGAAUUUUUUUAAGCAGGAGGCUAACUUUUGUUAGCUUCCUCACCUGUCUGCACCAAUGACCACCAUCGUCCAUGAUACAACAGAGGCAGUGUGCCUCUCCACCGAAUACAACCUGUACCUCAAGCCCAUUGCCAAAAUGACUGUCAGUGUGGCACUGCCCCAGCUUAAGCUACCUGGCAAGAGCAUCUCCAACUGGGAGGUAAUGGAGAGGGUAAAGGCCAUGGUAGCUCCAGAGCAGUUUUCAGCCCUGCGAAUAUCUAAGAGCACCAUGGAUUUCAUCCGCUUUGAGGGAGAGGUGGAAAACAAGACAGUGGUCAAGAGCCUACUGGGUCGUCUAGAUGGGAAGAGCAUUAAACUCAGUGGAUUUACUGAUGUACUGAAGGUUCGCGCAGUAGAGAAUAAGGUGGACUUCCCUACACGUCACGACUGGGACUCAUUUUUUCGCGACGCCAAGGACAUGAAUGAGACACUGCCAGGGGAGAGACCUGACACUAUCCACCUGGAGGGGCUUCCUUGCCGCUGGUUCAGCCAGAAGGACAGCCCAUACCCAGACCGGCCUUCUGAAGAGGUCCUCACUGCUGUUUUCCAGAUCUUUGGCAAGGUGCGAAAUGUUGACAUCCCCAUGUUGGACCCAUACAGAGAGGAAAUGCUGGACAAGAACUUCAGUACAUUCAGCUUUGGGGGCCAUCUGAACUUUGAGGCUUAUGUCCAGUACCAGGAAUACUGUGGCUUCACCAAGGCCAUGGACACUCUGCGUGGCAUGAAGCUGAUGCUCAAAGGAGACGAUGGAAAGGCAGUGGCUUGCAACAUCAAGGUGUCCUUUGACACCAGCAAGCACCUGAGUGAGUCAGCUCUGAAGAGGAGGAGCCUGGAGAGGAUGAAGUUGCAGGAGCUGGAGAGGCAGAGAGAGGAGCAGAAACGACGAGAGAAGGAGGAAGAAGAGCGCCGUAAGGAGGAAGAGAGGAAACAGAAGGAGCAGGAAGAGGAAGAGAAGGAGAGGAAGAAGGAGGAGAGGCUGCGGAAGCGAGAGCAGAAGCUUCGCGAGAGAGAGCAAAGGAGGAACCUGAAGAGGGUGAGGCGCCAGCAGGAGGAGGAGCAAAAGAAGCUGCAGAUGAAGAUUGCAAUGGAGGAGAGGAGGCUACUGCUUGCUCAGCGCAACCUAGAAUCUAUACGGCUCAUUGCUGAACUGCUGACCAGGGCCAAGGCCCUGAAGCAGCAGCAACAAGAGAAAGAGAGGGCUGAGCGCGAGGAGCAGGAGAGGCAGGAGCAGGCUCGACAGAAGGAAGAAUUAGCACGGCUUCAGCAGCUGGAGGCCUGCCGACGGAAGCAGGAGGAGGAGCUCCGCAGGGUGGAGGUGGAGAAGGAGCGAGCUCUGGAGCUCCAGCGUCGAGAGAAGGAGCUAAGAGAGAGACUGCUUUGCAAUCUGUUGAAGAAGAGCAACGGAACAACCUCUCCAGGCUCGCAGGACCAGGCUAAUCCUGUAAGGACCGAAGAGGCCUCUGUUCCUGGAGGCACUGAUGUGAUGUUGGAGGUUCUGGGCCGGGUGAAUGGAGUGAAGGAAGCUGAGAGCAAAGAUAAACAAGUGUCCAAGUCUAGUAUGUAUGCCCACGUGUCGGGGAAAAACAGAGCAACGGAGGAGAGGAGAGGAGGGGAGGACAGGAAGAAAGACCGGGAGGGAAGGAGGGAGGAGGUGGCGAGAAGCAGGCAUAGCAGGGAGCAAGCAAGGGACCCGGACCGCUCCCACAGAGACAGGAGCUCCCAUGGCAGGGGCAGGAGGCGGCGCUCCUACAGCCACAGCAGGAGGCAGAGAAGCUCCAGCCACCAUAGGAGGAGCUCCAGUCAUCACAAGAAGAGCUACAGUCACCAUGGCAGCAGGAGGCGCAGCCAUAGUAGCAGGAGCACAAGCUCAAGUAGAGACAGGAGCAGGAGCAGCAGUGGGAGGAGUUACAGCGGGGGGAGGAGUCAUAGACGCAGUCACCGUAGAUACAGCAGAAGCAGCUCUAGGAGCAGCAAUAAGAGUAGAGACAGAAGGAGUCACAGUCAUUAUAGUCGAAGAUACAGGAGACACAGCAAACAGUAGGGACAGGAGCCACUCCAGACAACGCUAAACUCAUCAGAUUAUCAGUUUAUUAAUUGAUAUUUUAGAUAUUUUUGGUCUGUUAAUUAAGUAAUGUGGCAGUGCACCAAAUACCAGAAGAACUGGUUCAGAUUUAGUUAUCUACUGUAUGCACCAGUCAUUACAUUGGCAGUUGAGAGCAUGACCUAGCCUAUUGAUGAUCUUUUUUCCCCAGUUUGUCGUUGUGCAUGAGCAACAAUGAGCUAUAGAAAGAGGCAGGUACAGAGAACAAAUUGUGUUGUUAUUUUUAAUGUGGCUGUUCAUCCACACCUGCGGCCUAACUUGAAAAUAUCCUGAAAAUAAAACACAGCACCCAGCACUAACAUGUAAUCAGCAUUAAGUUUUAAAUACUUUUAGAUCAAGCCUCCUACAAGCACCUGAACUACUACUCAUUGCUGUCAUGGAAUACCUUUAAAUGGACAAAUUAAGUGUAAUGAAUGGCUGCUGCUCCAUCAUAAUUGUUUCCAGAGACUUUAAGACUCAUACCUCUGUGUUUUAGACUGACUUUUAGACCUGCUGGUGUCAUUGUCAUGUGUUAUCUGCCUACAGCAUUUCUUGGAAUACUGCUUCAGUACUGGCUGUGUUGCUGUUAAGCAGCUCAGAAAAACACGCAACCACAACAACAGACAGUAUUUUUGAAGAUGACGUUGUCUCCAUGAUUUCUUUUUGUCUUGUUUUGAAUUAUUGAAUAUUUGGAAAGGAAGCAGUGAGGAGUUAUGUGAGCUAACUAAUGUGCAAACUUUGGCUGUUUCUGAAAUCACUCCCUUUUUACUGUAUAGUGGACAAUGUUUACCCUCUGCUGUUGUAUUUGUGUAUGAGUCUGCAUUGCAAGUGUGUAAUUGUAUUCACUGUGUAGUGCCCUCAAAAUGGAAUGAAAAAAGUUGUGUGCAUGGCAUUUAAACUAGUGAGUAUCCAUUACUUGAAUGAAGGAGUGAUUUCAGAGACAGCCUUGAUGUUGAACGUCAUAAUGACUCUUUCCUUGGUCAUGUGAGUCUUGAAUACAAGUGAUGGAUUUCAGACCACUUUAGUUUUUCAAGUUUGGAACAAAGUUUAGAAAACCAGCUUCUGGGAUUCAUGUCAAGUCAGCACAGCACCAAGUACAAAUAGGAUGCUCGGAUGUAACUUGUGCUUUCACAGUAGUACUGCAUUCAUUCCUUUUACCGUACUGGUUACUGUACAGGCUGCUCUUGAAGCUGAAUUUGAGCUUAGGAGAAGUCUGUCUCAGUUUUGUUGACACUUGUACUUUGAUACAGUUACUUGUCACAGCAAAACCCAUUUGUUCUGUAUACUGUUUGCUCAUGAACAUGACGUGCAUACAAAUGGUUAAAAUAAAAAUCCAAGCUGAGAA